AUGUCUACCAGCCCAUGACGCCCGUGGAGCAGCUCCCGAGCACCGAAAUACCCGUCCGCCCGCGGGAAUCUGCCAACACCAUCCAGAUCUCCGUCUCCCUCACCGAGCACUUCCUCAAGUUCGCGCCCGUCUUCCAGCCGCCGCUGCCGCCGCCCUCGCCGCAGUUCUGCACCAUCGCCGACCUCUUCAUCGACAACUACCGGGUGAAAUGCAUCAACGGCAAGAUGUGCUACGUGCAGCGGCAGCCCCCGCCGGCGCCGCACAAGGGCCGGCCCGAGGAGGCGCCCGCCCGCGAUGCCUUAAUCACACACGAGAGCAAUACGCCAAAGCCGGAGCACUGCUCGUCCCCCUCCAGCUCCGAGGACUCCGGCAUCAACGCCGUGGGCGUUCACUACGUGGAGUCGUGCGAUGAGGACACGGAGGGGGGCGCGGAGCUGAGUUCCGAAGAAGACUACAGCCCUGACAGCAGCUGGGAGCCCGAUGAGUGCCCGCUCCUGUCCCCCUCGCAGUGCGAAAUGGAAGUGAUCGAGACUAUAGAAACCACCGUGUGAGCCAGCAAGGUGGAAGCAGAUCAGUCCGGUUCCCACUCAGUAACGUUGCUUUUGUAGUAUUUCUAAUUUUCCGUUUUUCUGACAAUCCCUUUUUUCCAGUGCGCUCCGUUUCUCAGACGGCGCCCGGGCGYGCGGCUCGCGAGCAGCCAGCUGGGCGAUGGUGACGUGUCCUCAGCCCAAGGGACUCUCCUGUGUAAGACAGSGGUGAACCCUAGGACUUCUAUGGGCGAAGGAGGCCCUGUGCGUGGYGUGGGUUACAGGGUGCUCGUAGGGCGAUGCGUGCACGGGGUGUCUUGCUGGUGCAGCAAGGCUGUCCGCGAGCAGCGCGGCCCCAGUGUCCUCGCUCGUCCCCGCGGGGCCGGAGCCGCUCUCCUUGUGCCCACGCGUCCCCGUGUGUCGGCCCUCGUGCCCGGCACUGGGCAGCAGGGCAGGCCAGAGAACGCACAAAGUGCCUCCUCGUUCCGCCAGGCUACGCACCCGGCAUCCGCAGGCUCCGAAACCUCCCGAAAAGGCGAUUCCUGCUCCGGAGGUCGGUCAUCGCCUGCAGCCAGGGAGUCACUGUCCUGUGUGGGUCUUGCGGAAGGGGGUUGGCCCUUUUGCUGCUUAGCGGGAGGAAGAGGAGGGAGGGAGGAAGGAGCAUGGCCCAAGCCAUGACCCUUCUAGAUGGAGGUGCCGAAGGGCAGGUGAAAGGCACUGACUACCUCCAAAACUGCCAAACGCCCUCAGGAGCGGCACCCGCGCACGGCACCAAGUGGCCUCAGGGCCCCUGUCUGCCUGAGGGAUAACACGUUAAGAAGAAAUAAGGUCAAAAACCCACUCCCUGGGCGCCCCACUGCGCUGGCGGAGCUCGGCCCAGCGCGGCAGCAGCGCUCGGUGGGUCACAGCCCAAGGUGACGCUGCCUGGGAGAGGCGCCCUCGCCUUCGCCCUCCUCCUCAUCCAGUUCAGCAGCAGCAUCUGAACAAGUUGUUCCUUAAACAGCUGCAAACACGAGAGCUGUUUUGCUGGUAGCUUUGUCUUGGCUACGCCUGGCAAAACAAAACUGUCUUUUCUCAGAAGAUUUCAGUCAGCUCGAAGCAGUUGGAGUCAGUAAUAACUGUGUUUUCAGCAGCAUUACUGAAUUUCUUUGUGUAUUUACUGUUUACGUUUCAAAAGUCAGUGGUGAAUAUAAGGCUGUAUAAACGUGUACAGUUUAGUGACUGAUACUAGGUUGUAGUCUGUGUUCUAGAAUGGCUCAUCGCUCUCACUGUAUCCUGACGACGUACUACUAAUUUUAUACACUUUGUAAUCCGUAACUUUAGAAAAUGUUUAGGUAACGGUGCGUGUGCGCGCGUGCACCCGCGCGUGUGCUAGGACUUUAACAUACAUGGCUAGGAAGUGAUCCUGUACUUUUUAGACUAACACUUUCAGACAAAAACAAUAGGUUUUAUAGUUUUGAUGACUUCUAUAAAAAGUGCAAUGCUUGUUAAAUGAGGAGUUUGGGCCAGUGCAUGAGCAGAUACAUUUUCACGAGGCACUUAAAGGUAUUCCAGUGUUCUGAGGGCAUUUAAACRAAGGCUGUAGUAAACACUAAAUAGGAUUUAUUUAUUUUUUAAGGGGGAGGGGGUUGUCUUUCUUGGUUAACCAAGGUUUCUAACAACGUUUUGCUGUCUUUUGACCAGACACAUUUCAUAGGUAGAAGAAGGCAUUAUGUAUAAGCCUACAG